AUGUCCACAUACGAGCAUGAUGUUAAGACUGAUUCUGAUAAUGAUUUGGGUGAUUUUGAUUAUGAAUCGAAUGCACACGAUGAUGUUGAAGAUGAUGAUGUUGAUUCGUUGGAUUCUACUAGCAAGAGUGAACAAGAUUGUAGUGUAAAAAGAAUAGCAAUUUUAAUGGUUGAGAAUAUUUGGAACCUGGAGUUUAGGACAGAGGAUGAGGCUUGCCAAUUUUAUAAUGCUUAUGCUUGUUGGCAUGGCUUUGUAAUGAGGAAGGAUGACGUCGUGAAGGAUAAGGAAGGUAAAAUUAUUUGCAGGCAACUUGUUUGCAAUAAAGAGGGCUGGAGGAAUAUGAUGUAUCUUGAUCUGGAUAAUAGAUCAAGGGAGGCAAGGUCACUCAUGGAAACCAAGUGUCCAGCUCGUCUUAAGAUCAAGGUUGACUACGGCUGUGGUAGAUGGAAGGUAUCAUGUUUUGUGGAAUCUCACAACCAUGAUUUGACCCCCCCCCAAUUUACGCAUCUUGUUCCAGCCAAUCGUCGUCUCACUGUUACUGAUAAAGUCCAAGUGAAAAAUCUUCAUAAUUUUGGUGUCAAGACGUGCCAUAUUAUGGGAUAUAUUGCAUUCCAGAAGGGUAGAUAUCGUCAUGCUGGCUUCACACGCAAAGAUUUGUACAACCAUAUUGAUGGUUAUCAUAGAUCAAAAGUAAAAAACGAGGAUGCCAAUGCAGCAAUAAACUAUUUGAUUGGAAAAUUGAACAACGAUCCGCUGUUCUUUGGGAAGUAUACGUUCACUAGUGACCAAAGGCUCGAGCAUAUAUUUUGGGCAGACGGGCAAUCAAUUGUCGACUAUCACUGGUUUGGAGAUAUUAUUGCCUUUGAUUCAACGUACAAGAAGAAUAAAUACAGCAAACCUUUGGUCAUUUUCUCCGGAUGCAAUCAUCAUGGGCAGACAGUUAUUUUCGGCUCCGGUCUACUAUCAGAUGAAACGACAGACAUGUAUAAGUGGUUGUUGGAAAUGUUUGUUGAAGCGAUGGGUGGGAAUCAUCCUAAAGCAGUUAUAAUCGAUGAAGACUGA